AUGGACAUCAGGAUCCUGUAUAUUGUGGCCUUCGUCCUCCUCGCCCUCCUUCUCAAGCUCAUCCGGAGCUACCUCACAUCAUCGCGCACGAAGCCACCAUCAGCGCUUCGCCUGCCACCAGGGCCAUGGCAGCUGCCGCUCAUCGGCAGCCUGCACCACCUCAUGCUGUCGCGCUUCAGCGACUUGCCUCACCGGGCGCUGCGCGAGAUGUCCGAAACAUACGGGCCCCUCAUGAUGCUCCGCUUCGGCGCCGUGCCCACGCUGGUGGUCUCCUCCACGGAGGCUGCCAGGGAGGUGAUGAGGACACACGACCUCACCUUCUGCGACCGCAACCUGAGCGUCACCUUCGAUGUCUUGAGCUGCGGCGGCAAGGACAUCAUCUUCUCCCCCUACAACGCCCAGUGGCGUGAGCUCCGCAAGCUGUGUAUGCUCGAGCUCUUCAGCCAGCGACGCGUGCACACGUUCCGGAGCAUCCGGGAAGAGGAGGUGGCGAACCUCCUCCGCUCCAUCUCCAGGGAGUCUGCUGAUGGCCGGCCCGCCGUCAACCUCAGCGAAGGGAUCUGCCGCAUGAUAAACGACGUCGCCGCGCGCACGGUCGUCGGCGACCGGUGCAAGUACCAAGAUGAAUACAUGCAUGAGCUGGACGAAGUGUUGCGGCUGUUUGGUGGGUUCAACCUGGCGGACCUGUACCCGUCCUCGUGGCUGGUACGCCGGUUCAGCGCCGCCGCAAGGGACGCGAGGAGGUGCCAGAGGAACAUGUACCGCAUCAUCCAGAGCAUCAUCCAGGAGCGUGAAGCCAUGCCGACGCCAGAGCGAGACGAGGACCUUCUGGGUGUCCUCUUGAGGCUGCAGAGGGAAGGUGGCCUGCAGUUCACUCUCACCGACGAGAUUGUCAGCACGGUUAUUUGGGAUAUUUUCUCUGCUGGCAGUGAGACAUCAUCAACUGUUCUAGUAUGGGCAAUGUCCGAACUUGCUAAGAACCCGCGGGUCAUGCAUAGGGCCCAGUCUGAGAUGAGGGAGACCUUUAAAGGACAAGACAAGAUAACUGAAGAUGAUCUGGUCAAGUUAAGAUAUCUACAGCUGGUGAUCAAGGAGACUUUACGGCUGCAUGCUCCAGUACCACUCUUGCUCCCUCGAGAAUGUCGCAAGUCAUGUCAGAUUAUGGGUUACGAUGUGCCAAAGGGAACCAAGGUGUUUGUGAAUGCUUGGGCAAUAGCAAGGGACAUGAGAUUAUGGCGUGAUGGAGAGGAAUUUAGGCCAGAAAGAUUUGAAAAUAGUAGUAUUGAUUUUAGGGGUAAUGACUUCGAGUUCACUCCGUUUGGGGCAGGCAGGAGAAUAUGCCCUGGCAUCACACUCGGACUGGCCAACCUAGAGCUGGCACUUGCUAGCCUUAUUUAUCAUUUUGAUUGGGAUCUGCCGGAUGGCGUCAGGUUGGAAGAAUUUGAUACGGCAGAGAUCUUUGGUAUAACGUUAAGAAAAAAGUCCAUGCUCUGUCUCAAGGCCAAACCUUACAAUAAUUUUACGCCAAAUUAA